AUGCCAGCUGCACAUGGAUAUCGAACAGGUAAGUUCACCUAUAUCAGCUAUUUCAUUCUAGGCUCUCGUCGCAAUUUAAAUUCAUAUUCAUUUUUAUUAAUUACUUCAGCACGAGUCGAAUCAAAAUCGCCAAAAACAACGAGCAACUGGAGCAGUACUAAGUCUAGAUCGGCUCAAACUUCAUCUCGAACACAACGUGCUGUUAGUGCGUUCCCAACGUCACAUAGAUCAGCUGCCGCAUAUGCACAACGCAACAAUCGCUCUCAAAGUAGUCGUUCGAAAAAUCAUUGUGGCCCUCUGCACUCGGCUGUACCCGAUUCAGCUGAGUUGGAGCCCAUUCGUCGACCGGACUAUGGCUCUGUUAAACGAACUAUGACCGUUUUUACCAAUCAUUUUCCUGUCACUUUUGAUAAUCUCACCGUCAAUCAUUAUGAAAUUGAUAUUGUCUUCAUCGAUCAAGACGAAAAGUCGCGACCAGCACGUAAACGAGAGCGCUGUGUAGUAUUAAAUCAAGUUGUCCAACAAGAAAAAAACUUUCCCAUCGUUUGGUACGAUGAAGGCAAGAAUUUAUAUACUCGAAAAUCAUUGUCACACUUCACAGAACCAAUCCUAACUACAUGCCAGAUAGGUGACAAAAUGAAGAAAUUUGAAUUUAUCGUGCGUCGAUUUGUUCGACAAGAAAAUCUUCAAAAUCUACGAAAGUUUAUCAAUGGCGAAACAAGUAUUCGACCUCAUGAUGCAAUUCGCAUUGUUGAAACUCUUUUCAAACAACAGGCGCGCAACGAUUUUAUCUGUAUCCGAAAUCAAUUCUACGACGGACGUCAACAGCUUGAUGAUUUAACUGAAUGGGAACGUUCUUCAAAACCGCUUGCUAAUCCAAAAAUGGCUACCGUCAAACCUGAAGAUCGCUACAAGAAGAUUAUAAAACUUGCUGGGGAUAGAAAUUUUGGUACGGAUCUCUAUCUCAAAGAGCUAAAUAUUCAUGUUGAUACAACAAAUAUGAUGCAAGUUCAAGGUAUUUUUUAA